AUGUUAGAUUCUAAAAAGCCACGCUAUGAGCGAAUUUUGCUGAAACUUUCGGGUGAAGCGCUUGCGGGUAAUAAAGACAUGGGGAUUGAUGCCCAAGUCUUAGAUCAAAUGUCUUUAUCUAUUGCUCACUUGGUUGGUUUGGGUGUGCAAGUGGGUAUCGUGGUGGGUGGUGGUAACUUAUACCGUGGUAGUCAAUUGCAAAAAGAUGGUUUGGUUGGCCGUGUAACGGGUGACCAAAUGGGUAUGCUUGCUACGGUAAUGAAUGGUUUGGCUUUACGUGAUGCUUUGGUUCGCCGUAACAUCAAAACCCGUUUAAUGUCAGCAUUACCAAUUGGUGCAGUAGUUGAAGCCUAUUCAAGCCGUGAUGCAAUUCGCCACUUAACUCAAGGUGAGGUGUGUGUAUUUGUUGCAGGAACAGGUAAUCCAUUCUUUACAACGGAUACUGCAGCGUGCUUACGUGGUAUUGAAAUUGAAGCAAAUCUUAUUUUAAAAGCCACUAAAGUUGAUGGUGUCUACAAUAAAGACCCAAGUAAAUAUGAUGAUGCUGUUAAAUAUGACCAUUUAAGUUUUGAUGAAGUUUUAGAUGAGAAACUUGGUGUCAUGGAUUUAACUGCAAUUUGCUUAUGCCGCGAUCACAAUGUGCCACUUCAAGUAUUUGAUAUGAACAAGUCUGGUGCUUUGCUUUCUGUGGUAAUGGGCGAAAAAGAGGGCACUCACGAAGAUCAUAUGAUUAACGAUCUUAAAAAAGACGCAGAAGACCGUAUGAAUAAGUCAUUGGAGUCUUUGGAACAUGGUUUUGCAAAGGUUCGUACAGGUCGUGCGCAUCCAUCGAUCCUAAAUGGAGUUAUGGUUCCUUACUAUGGUUCUGACGUGCCGUUAAACCAAGUGGCUAACGUGGGUGUUGAAGAUUCACGUACUUUGUUAGUUCAACCAUUUGAACGUUCAAUGGUUUCUGCAAUUGAUAAAGCAAUCCGUGAAUCAGAUUUGGGCUUAAACCCAGUAACUGCUGAUGCGAUUCGUGUGCCAAUGGCAGCUUUGACAGAAGAAACACGUAAAGAUAUGCAGAAAGUUGCACGUAACGAAGCAGAAAAUGCCAAAGUUGCGAUUCGUAAUAUCCGCCGUGAUGUUUUAGGCGAUAUCAAAUCAUUAUUAAAAGAUAAAGAAAUUUCUGAAGAUGAUGAGCGUCGUGCAGGCGAUGAUAUCCAAAAAAUUACCGAUAAAUUUGUUGCUGAAGUGGACAAACGUCUUGCUGCGAAAGAAGCUGAAUUGAUGAAGGUCUAA